AUGAUUGCCAAUUCAACACAUAUUUCAAGCAGAAUGUUCAGAUCCCAGAAAUUAAUGAUGCUUAGUAUUUUAGCUGCAUUUUUAGUAUUAUUAGGAAUCACAGGAAUUUCAGGUCAUCAUCAUCAAGUUAUUGCUACUGUUAAAUCAGCAUCUAAUAAAGCAAGUGAUACAAUUGCUGGAAUUUAUAAUGAAUAUGCAUUAACACCAGAACAAGAAGAAAUAGCUGAAGAAGCAAAAAUUGAUGCUGAAAAAUUAUCUGAAUUGGAUGCUGAAAAACAAGCUGAAGUAAAUGAAGAAAAACAAGCUAAAGAACAAGAAAAUUUAGAAGAUGAACAAAUUAAACAAGAAGAUGAAGGAUCAGAACAUAUAGUAAGUUAA